AUGUUUCUACAAUUGUUCAAAGUUUGGAUAGGAGUUUUUUCCGUUUCCUUUCUUUUUCUUCCAAUUUUGUUGGUGCUGGAUUGGAGGAAAAGAGGAACCGCUGAGGGAUUCAGUUCCGUCGUCUUGAUCAUUCCUAUGAUCAUUCAAGCUUUCUGGCUCCGCCACGGUUGGAUGACCAACGACACCACUCAGAUCCUAAUCAACUCCAUGAACAUAUCGGUUCUCAGUUGUUACAUUGCCGCUUACGCUUACUAUCAACCUAAAAGGAAGUUUCUGAUUGGUCAACUAAUUUCCGCUCUCCUCAUCAUCAAAUGCGCUUUCCUGUACGUCGAUUCACAUGACUCGGAACAUAUGGAAUCUGCCAUGGGAACUAUAGCAGCUGGAGCUCAGAUACUUGGACUAGGGGGUAGAAUUUAUGAAAUUAGGCGAGCUAUCAAAAUGGGAACCACAGAAUAUAUCCCAGCUGUUAUGCAGUUUGCUGUUGCCGCUCUCAUGGCUCAGUGGUUCAUUUUUGGAAUCGUUACAGGAAACAAAUUUAUUGUGUUCAGAUCGCCAACAUUGCCGGACUGA